AUGGCACCAGCCAAACUGAAACGACACUUAACGACUAAACAUCCAGAGUUGUCAGGCAAAAAAAAAGAACAAUAUUUUAAAAGAGAAUUGGCAUUUAAUAAAAGGCAAGUUUCUAUGUUUGCCAAAAAGUUCAAAUUGAGUGACAAAGGACAAGAAGCAAGUUAUACUGUGGCGGAGAUAGUUGCAAGAAAAAUGAAAUCUCAUACCAUCGCUGAAACUGUAAUUUUACCUGCAUGCCAGGAAAUAGUGAGGAUAAUGUUUGGAGAGGAUGCUGUAUCAGAGCUAAAUAAAAUUCCAUUUUCUGACAACAUAAUAAGUAGGCGCAUUCAAGACAUGUCAGGAGACGUUGAGUGCAAUAAUAAGUCAAAAAUACUGAAACAUAAGUUGUUUGCACUUCAAGUUGAUAAGAGUACAGACAUCACUGGUAAAUCCCAGCUCCUUGUAUUUGUUCGUUUUAUUAAUGAUGAAGCUAUUGUAGAAGACGUCCUGUGUUGCAAAGAGUUGCCAGAAACAAGAAAAGGACAAGAUGUAUUUGAUGUUUUAAAUUCAUAUUUAGAGUAUUGUGGAUUGAACUGGAAAAACUGUGUAGGUAUUUGUACAGAUGGUGCCCCUUGCAAUGACAGGAUGUCUUAA